AUGAUGAAUAAGAGAAACACGGAACAUGUUCCGGAGGAUUUGGUAGUGGAGAUACUCUCUAGGGUUCCAACUAAAUCUCUGGCUCGAUUUCGAUCUACAUCCAAAGCAUGGAACGCUCUGAUCAAAGAUGGAAGGUUUUCGAAGAAGUACUCUGCUAAUGCUCCACGACCACGACAAAGUCUGGUUAUCAUGUUGGUUGAUUUUAGGGUUUAUUUAGUGAGCCUAGAUCUCUGUGAAAUUGAAGACAACAAGGUUGCUCUAACAAGACAGUUUAACCUAGAAGAUCCUCGUUCUGAAUUUUCGAAAGAAGUUGACAUAUGCAACCUCUUUCACUGCGACGGCUUAUUGUUAUGUACCACCAAGGACAAAAGACUUGUGGUUUGGAAUCCGGUUUCAGGGGAAACCAAGUGGAUCCAACAACCUAAAAAAUCCUACAAGGAAUCCGAUCUCUUUGCUCUUGGUUACGAUACCAAAUCCUCCUGUUACAAAAUCAUAAGAAUGGAUCAAUUUGCCCGUCGUGGUGCCGUAGACCAAACUGAACACGAAAUCUAUGACUUUACCUCUAACUCAUGGAGUGUUGUUGGUGUGUGUACCAACUGGUUCUACAUACCACGGGAUUGGAGUCGUGGCGUGUCUCUCAAGGGAAAUACAUACUGGCUUGCUUAUGAUCGAUGGGGGACAUCUGUGUCUUUGAUAAUUUUUGAUUUUUCAAUAGAGAGAUUCCAGGCCCACUCUCUUCCUCAUUCUCUUCGUUACUCUGGUUGGGCUUUAUCAGUGGUUAGAGAGGACAGACUUUGUGUACUAGACGUCUAUUCAUUAGACGUAUGGAUGUCAUGCAAGAUUGAGAGUACCGGAGUCAUGUCAUGGAGCAAGAUCCUAACAGCCAAAGCCAAUUAUAAGUUUUGUCUCUGGAUGAGUUUCGUGGCCGACGAGCAGCACAAAGUUUUAGUGGGUUACAAUAACAACAUCUUGCACAUUGUGGCAGAGGAUAGAUACAUGCAAGUGAAUGAUAUUGGACACGGUGACAAAUCUUAUGGUGCAUUUGUUCAGAUUUAUGUUCCGACUUUGGUUCAAAUCCAACAAGGUAUAUAG